AUGUUUCAGGCUGGUUUUGUGCCUCCGCAGGACUGCAUGGUGGACGAGGACUGCGGGGACCUGAAAUACUGCCUGUAUGAGAUCGAGAACUCCAAGUGCCUCCCCUGCAUACCAACAGACAUGCCCUGCACGAAGGACGAGGAGUGCUGCUCGGACCAGCUGUGUGUGUGGGGCCAGUGCACGGUCAACGCCACCAGAGGGGCGGAGGGGAGCAUCUGCCAGGGUCAGAGCGACUGCCGCCCGGGCCUCUGCUGCGCCUUCCAGAGAGAGCUUUUGUUUCCAGUUUGCAACCCCAGACCGGGGCAGGGGGAGUCCUGUCUGAGCCACCCCAACCUGCUGAUGGACCUGCUGGCCUGGGACCAGGAGGGCCCCCGGGAUCACUGCCCGUGUGCCGACGGCCUCCAGUGCCGGCCUCACGGCCGCGGGUCGGUGUGUGGAGAGUAG